AUGAAUAAGGCAAGUCUAGCUGAUUCAGUAGGCCCAGGUGAAAAAAGUAAAGUAGAUCUAGAGAAUGAAGCCUCAGAUGUAGAAAUGGCUCAAGAGACUAGUGAAUCUGUGAUCUCAAAAAAAGCAAAGUCAUAUAUUCAGAACCUCAAAACACUAUCAAGCACUGCUAAGACUGCCUAUAAUGCAAGACUAUCAGAGAUUGACAAAGCGAGAUUAAUUGCAGAUGACAAAUCAAUCUGA